CGUGGUCUCUUACUCUCCAGUAGUGUCCACGACACCGUGUUGUAGGCGCACGCUUUGCUAUUGAACGCGUGCUAAUAUCUACUUCGUGUAUAUAUCAACAUUGUUAUGAAAAAAAUCGAUUCGGCGCGUGUUUUCGAAUUCUAUUUAUUUUUUAAAAAUCCCUGAUUUGAACCAUGAAGUCUACAUUACACGAAGAACUGACGGUCGUUGUUUCAUUCGAGUAAGUCGGUUUACGCAUUACUAUUUUCUACGCACCCUACGCCUCUAUGAUUAGUCAACUGGGACUGGAGCUACGUAGAUUUAUUACAAGAACACGGUACAUUUGAAGACAUUGAACCAUCAAAAACAUUAAAAUGGAUAUUAAUGUGUUGAAAAAAUUAACGCGAUCCGGAUUCAUUUUGCUUCACGUUUCUAUUUUGUUAAUCGUUAGUGGAGAAACGAGACUUAGUGGCACAAAAUGGGCGAGUGCAGAAUUAGAAGCAGCCGACGAAAUGAUGGACUUACAGAUCUAUAAAUCUGUCGUACAGUCUAUGGAAGAAUGGCGACAACGGAAUAGCGAAUCCAAAAGACACAAAAGAGCAGAAGCAAAAGUAUGUUACCCAGAAGUGGGCUGCUUUGAUGAAUCUGGUCCUUACGGUUACAUAGGAACCGUACCUAAUCCUCCAAACGAAGUUAAUACGAGAUUUCUACUCUACAACUCCCGUAGGAGUCGUCGAGACACACCCUUGCUGGAUGUAUCAUUCACAAACAUGACGUCCAUAUGGCAUUGGGCCGGUAAAGCAUUUAACGUAUCUGCACCUACCAAAGUCAUUGUACAUGGAUUUGGAAGUUCGUGUUCAAACGUGUGGGUGUACGAAAUGAGAUCUGCUCUAAUGGAUGCGGAAGACUGCAACAUCAUAUGUGUAGACUGGGAAGCUGGAGCCAUCAUACCGAAUUACGUACGAGCGGCGGCAAACACAAGACUGGUAGGCAAACAAGUGGCCAUGUUGAUCUCGGGCUUAGCGCUCAAAGCCAAUUUGCCAAUAGAGAACGUGCAUUUAAUAGGUUUCAGCUUGGGAGCUCAUGCUGCUGGAUAUGCCGGUGCUGAACUUCAAAAUUUGAGUCGUAUCACAGGUCUAGAUCCUGCCGGUCCUCUAUUUGAAAACCAAGAUCCUAAGACUAGAUUAGAUUCAACCGACGCCAAAUUUGUCGACGUGAUACACUCAAACGGAGAAAAUUUAAUACUGGGUGGUCUUGGGGCCUGGCAGCCCAUGGGGCACGUAGACUACUACCCCAAUGGUGGGCGAAUGCAAAAGGGCUGUUCUAAUCUAUUCGUCGGUGCCGUAACUGAUAUUAUAUGGUCCGCACCUGAAGUAUACGGUCGUAGUCUUUGCAACCACCGGAGGGCGUACAAGUUCUUCACAGACAGCGUGACCCCAGGUUGUGCUUUCCCGGCGGUUCCAUGUGAAUCUUACGAGAAGUUCUUGGAUGGAGAGUGUUUUCCAUGUAAAGACAAGACCAAGUGUGGUACGAUGGGAUAUUACGCAGACAAGUCGCCCGGACGCGGAAAACUCUACUUGCUCACCAGGGACGAGGAACCGUUUUGCGCGCAUCAAUACAUUGCAAAAGUAUACAACUCACCUAGUGCACUACCAGUAGUUAGUUACGGUAGAAUCCAAAUUGUACUUUUUGGUCAAUUAGACAUCAACGAGACAUUUACCAUCACUCACAAAGAUGAUGCCAAAAUGACCUUGGGCGAAACCCUCAAGAGAAUCAUUGUACCACACCCAGCACUGCAAGACUUCGAUAGAGUACAGAUCACGUACACGGCAUACAAAGGGUGGUUGUCUAACGGUCUUGAGAAAUGGAGCAUCGACAAGUUUAUUUUAACAGACAGUUAUGGUAUAAGUCAAUCAAUCUGUAAGAGAGAUCUUGUUUUGCAAUCCGACGAACCUGUCGUACUUCCAUUGUAUCCCGGAGACUGUAAUCUACCAGAACUUAGUCUGCAAUAUACUGAAGGCGUGAAAGACAAAACGGACUACGGUAACGGCCAACCAGAGUUCGGUCAGCAACAUAUCAAUGACUCAACUAUGAUGAAUGACGACGGUUCAUCAAUGGCCACUUCUUCAAGUGAUACGACUGCACAACAAUUAAGUGCCACAUUGGGCGUGGGCAUCAAAGAGUAUAUGAAUGUGCCAUGGAUGCCAGUAUUGGAUAUCGAACCAACUGGUAACAGUCUAGACCCUUCGGCGCCAGCAGAUAGAAGAGAACACUCGGGUCGUGGAUUUAUUGGUGGAUCUCGUCCAUCGUCCACCAUAAAAAACCAUUCGGCAGCGGACGCCACCACAGAAGACGAGUUUCCGUACGAUCAGCUGACUAUAAAAAGCAACGGAACUACGUCUGACGAUAUAAACGAGCCUGUUUUGCGUCCUAAGAGUCGGUUUCGUAUGUACCGAAUGCCGGAUGGGUCAAACAUGACAGCAACAGGGCAUGGUAGCAAUAGUAGUGCUAGUGGCGAACGAUCUUUUAUCGUUCACCUAUUGCCGCAAAGGCUAAUGAACAUGAUAGAACACGCUGAAAGGUAUGCCCGUAUGGCUUUUUCACCAUUUAUGUGGCCAUCCAAGGAACGCACUCAGCGUGCGCUUAAAUAUUUUCCCAGAUUUCUAUUCAACGAAAAUAAGACGACUGAACAAGUAAUAAACUUUCAACAAGAUGAUAAACCUAAAAACUAUAUACCACUAGUUUUCGACCAACAACAACAACGACAAAGCCAUCCUGCUAAGGCUGAGUAUAAAAUUAUACCAGCUAUGACGGACGAUAGGCCAUCGAUGGAAGAAAACUUAAACACCAAAGAUGAAGAAGAAGAACACAUUAAUAUAAGAUAAAUUUAAUCUUAAAGUUAAAUUUGGUUAUUUUUUAUAUUUUGUAUUUUAAUUGUAUACAAUUGUCAAUAGCACUUUGGCCACAGAACUUCUAAAAAUUGAUAUGGUAUGGGCCAACGAGGGGUCAUAGAAGUAUGACAUUUCCCCUCGUUGUAACAUUUGACUUAUUGGGGACUCUUAUUAGUCGGUGAAACCGAGAUGUUUGUUAAUAAGAGUAGAAUGAAUUCUUUCAAUUACAUGUAAAAUUCCAGUCAGCAAUUUUACUAUUAACGCCUCCUCAUAAAAAAAAAAAGUUUUUUGAUAUCGCUCCAGAAAAUACAAUAUGUAUAUUAUAAUAUGAGCUAUGUAUAUAUUUUAUAAUAGAGCAUAGAAAACCGUACUAUUGUGUGCACAAAACGGAAAUAGACGCUUUUAGUUCCUAAGUAUAAAUGUUUAUAAAAAUAGAAUAUUUAUUAGAUAAAUGUAUUUUACAGUUGAGUAUGAGUAAAUUUUCUUUUAUAGUAUUCAAUUAAAAUUUGUACUAUAAAAAUAAAUUAUUUGUAAUCUAUAUAA